AUGAUCAGGGCCAACCCGGGCAACUCGCUGCCGCUGGGGAACUACGCCAGGUUCCUCAAGGAGGUGCAGGGGGACGCGGCGAGGGCGCAGGAGUACUGCGAGCGCGCCAUCGUCGCCAACCCCGGCGACGGCGACGCCCUGGCGAUGUACGCGGGCCUCGUCUGGGAGACCAGCCGCGACGCUGAGCGCGCCGACGCUUACUACAGCCGCGCCGUCCAGGCCGCGCCCGACGACUGCUAUGUCCUGGGAUCCUACGCCGGGUUCCUGUGGGACGCCGAGGAGGAAGACGGUCUCAACGACGGGCAGCCUCCGGCGGGGUCGCCGCCGUUCUAUGGGGCAGCGCAGCCAUCCUCCAUCAGAGCGGCUUCUUAG